UCUAGACGGGGUAGAUUGAUUACAUAUGUUUAUGCACAUGUGGGUUUUGGCGCGAACCAGGUGAACAAAGAACGGGUAGUCGUGCUUGAUUGGCUGGAAAGAGUUUAGCUUGUUUGUGAUUGGUGGGGAUUUGAAUAUAAAUAGAGAUUUCGGGGAGUCGAUGGGACUGGACUUGACUGGAGGGGAACAAAGACGAACGAGACUGAAAAGCUGGCAUCCGUGUGGCGUGUACUGUUAGCGACCUGUAGCAUUUGUAAGCAAUAUAUAUCUUUUGGUGAACACAAAUUAUAUACUUUGACUUUGAUUAUUUUACUCUAAAUUCUUUCAUUCAAACCCUUGUGUAACUUCUAUGCUACAUGUCAAUGUGCGUUCAUAUUAUUUUCAGUUUUUACUGACUGUCCUAAGUGCCUGUGGUCGGCUGGUCGCCCACGGAGUCUCCAACUCCACUGCCAAGUUUACUGGUUCGUUGUCUGACACACUGGGAAAAGUUUCUAUGGAUCAGAGACACCAGGAGAUGCGCGAGGAGGUCAGAGUGCACUCUGGUAGCAGUGGGGCACAUCUAAAGGCUGGACUGCAGGGCCUGGGAAUUGGAGUCGUUGGCGGUCUCGCGGGCGUAUUUAUGCAGCCCAUAGAGGGUGCUGCUAAGGAUGGAGUCGCGGUAGGUUAAGAGGUCUAUAAUAAAGUUGAGAACUAAACCGUAUUAUAGAAAAUGAAAAAAGCUCAUUUUUAGCUCGCCUUGACAUCGACAAGAUGAG